AUGAGUUCAGGGCUUGGCGUCUUGAGAAAUGUUAUUGAACCAGCAUUCAUUGUCUUUGCCUUCACAGUCGGCACCCUGAUCAACCGCCGGAGACCGCAUCUCGAUGAUGACGUGGAUUCCUGCGAGCGUGGAUCGGAAGACUCCGGCUCGCCCCCCGUCUCUCCACUUCUCAAACCGGGUAUGCACGCCGUAUCGUACGAAGAGUCCCGCAUCAACGCGAAGCUCCUUGUGCGCUUCUACCGCACGUUUCCCUUCCUCGCCGAGGUUUGGUACUGGAACGCCACGUACUGGGUGUACCAACUCCUCCGUGCCUUCUCGGCGCGAAUGAUCGCCGGCAACGAAGCCGUCUUCAUGCGUGCGCAAGAGCAUGCCAUCUCCAUUCUGAAGCUGGAAGGGGUGUUUGGGCUGGACAUUGAGCUCGGCGUGCAGCGAUAUGUCCUCAACAACGUGCCCUGGAUGAUGCCGUAUCUCGCCAAGAUCUACUACUUCCACAUCAGCUUGGGCAUCAUGUUCAUCAUCUACUGCUACACGUUUCUGCCGUCCGGCACAUUUCAGAGGAUCCGACGGACCAUCGCCAUGGACAACGUCAUUGCAUUUGUCAUCGUGACCACGUAUCGUUGCAUGCCGCCGCGCCUACUGCCAGCCGAGUACGGAUUUGAGGACGUGCUUCAUGGGAAGAAAGGAGGAGGCAACGCGUGGACUCACAACAAGUUUCAGUUGACCAUUGCCGCGAUGCCGAGUCUUCACUGCGGAACGGCCUUGUUCCUGGCCUGGUCGAUAUGUCGCUUCUCGCCUCAUCGCCCUCUCCGGCUCGUCGCGCCGCUGUGGCCCAUGGCCAUGUUCUUCACCAUCGUUGCCACGGCAAACCAUUUCAUCCUCGACGCCGUGGUAGGUGCCAUGGUCGUCACCCUCGGAUGGAGGUUCAACCGGGCCGUUCUUGUUUUGUUGCCGUUGCAGAACUGGGUGCUCGAGAGGCUGGGUCUCAAAGUCCCGGAGGAGGAGAAAACCUCGGCAGCCAUGACCAAGGGGUGGCGAUGA